GAGCUGUCGAAGAACCAGCCAUGGGAGGAUACUAAGCGCAGGCGGCUCCGAUUUCAAUGGAGAAGGCACUUGACAUCUGCCCUUGCAUCUCAAACACGUCGCUCCCACAUGUCUCUUAACUCCCCCACACGUCUCCAUGCAUGGAAGCCUUCAAGCUUCACCUAUCUGCGACAAAACCAUCAACUGCUGCAAGUUCAAGCUCUAUAUAACGUGGAGCUUCCCGUGUUCGAUUCGCUCAUGUGCGCUCUUUAUUUCUCUCUGAUAUUCAAUUUCCUCCUUGUCGCUGAACAAUGGCGUCCAGGACUCUUCUCGUCUUCUUCAUGGUAGUCUCACUCUCGCUAGUUCUCCUUCUUCCGUCCUUUGUGUCGAGUGAGCGGGACCCCCAGAGCGAAUGUAAGCAACGUUGUCAUCGCGAGUACGAAGAUGAAAGCCAACGCCAAAUGUGCGAGCACCAUUGCGAGGAAAGCGGCCAGGAGAAGUGCGAGAGACAAUGCCGGAGAGCUGGCAGCGACGAGCGGCAGCAGCAGGAGUGCAGGCGCCUCUGCGAAGGAGGAGCCGGUGCUGGCCGGAACUCGGAUCGAGACUGCUGGGAGAAAUGCAGGAGGGAGGGCGAGGAUGAGGAGCAGAGGCGACGUUGCCAGCUCCAGUGCAGAGAGGAGGAGGAGCGGCGGCAACAGGGAGGCAGAAGCGGAUCUGGGGAGGGAAUGCUGAAGGAGGGAGAGGGGGAAGAGGAAACAGAAAACCCUUAUGUGUGGAAGAAGGAGAGUUUCACGCCUAGGUAUACCUCGGAGGAAGGCUUCAUGAGGACGCUUCCAAAUUUUGCUGAAAGGUCGGAAAUGCUCAAAGGUUUGGAGAACUACAGAGUCUCAUGGUCGAUGGUGAGUCCAAACAUUGUGGUAGCUCCACAUCACUCAGACGCGGACUCCAUCAUCUAUGUCUAUAGUGGCAAGGGCACCAUAGGAAUGGUGAAGGAAGGGAAGCAGGAAUUGUUCAAUGUCAAGGAAGGGGAUAUCAUGUUAAUUCCCGCAGGGUCGUUGAUCUUAACAGCCGCCACAGACGAGAAUGAGAACCUAUGUGUUCUUAACUUAGCUCACACAACAUCUAUCCCUGGCCGAUCUAAGGGCUUCUUUGGCAUUGGAAGAAAAGAUCAAGAGUCGUUCUUCAAGAGCUUUAGUCCAGAGAUAUUGGAAGCAGCUUUCAAUACAAAGACAGAUCGUUUGAUGGGGUUGCUUGAGCGCCAGAAGCGUGUGACGGAGAAGGCAACACGGGAGCAAAUGGAAGAGCUGAGGCGUGCGAGUUCAGAUGGGAUCUUUCGAAUCUGGCCCUUAAGUAUACUCUUUUGUAAGGAUCAGCCCUACAGCCUGCUGAACAAACGGCCCUGGUUCUCUAGUAGCCGUGGGCAGAUAUACCAAGCGGGCAGCAGGGACUAUGCACCUCUCCACAACCAUGACCUUUCUAUCUCCUUCGCCAAGAUCUGUGCUGGAUCAAUGCUGGCUCCAUCUUACAACUCUCGGGCUACCAAGAUCGCCAUUAUCAUCCGCGGGCGUGGAUACAUGGAAAUGGCGUGUCCCCACGUUUCAGAGUCACAGGGACACCGUGGUGGUGGUGGUGGUAGUGGUGGGGAAGAGGAGGAGAGAUCAAGCGAACGUGGUCGUGGAGAAGAGGAACAGCACACAUCAAGGGUUCGUGUCGACGAGGGAGGGAAGGAGGAUGAGGAGCAAGGAGCAAGAUACCAGAGAAUAAGCGCGGAGCUGUCGCCGAUGACCGUCUUUGUUGCACCGGCGGGCCACCCGUUAGCUAUUGUCGCCGAUGAAGACCUUCACAUCCUCUGCUUCGAAACCAACUCCGGCUUCAACCACAAGUACAUGGUAGCAGGUAAGAACAACAUAUUCAGCAACAUGAAAGGGGUGACGAGUGAAUUGGCGUUCGGUGUGCCAUCCAGAGAAUCGCAGCAGAUGUUGGGUGCACAAAGCGAGUCAGUCAUCCUAGCUGCACCAAAGCAGAGGCCCAGUGGAAGAGCAGAGGAAUCCAGCAGAGGCUACGAGUCUGCGUAGAAUCAGAGAGGGAGAGAGGAUGGUACUAGAAAGUUUGUUUUUACAAGCUAAAGGAUGGGAUGUAAAUACCUGUUGUUGCUUUAUCUAACUGAAGGUCGCAGCACCAUGACUCUUUCUUCAGCUGGACCUGUUACCUAUCCCUGUGGUUUUUUAUGUUAUGGCUUGGCUUUUCGUGGAUGAAUGGGGACACAUGAGUGAUUUUUGUUA